UUUCUUCCAACAGUGGCUUCACUUUGGAAGAGAGAGCAAGAUUGAAGAUCAAAUAGUAUAACAUGAAACCUACUAGAAGUGGCUGAGUGUUGGGGUAAGUACAACAAAUCGCUCAUUGUUUCUUUUUCAUUUAGUUUCUGCCCUAGGAACUCUCUGCUGCAGGAUGAAUUAGGAAAGGAAGGACUUUCCUCUGAACCAUGGACACAAGAGCAUCUUUCAUCACUACCAUGCAAGAAAGCCAGCAUCUAUCCCCAGAGAAGGAGCAGGGACUGGCCAAUGGUGAUGGGGAGCAAUUUGAUUCAGAUGAGGGCUCCAGCAUUGAGGAUGCAGACUUCAACUGGGAUGAGUUCCUGGAAGAAACAGGAGCCAGUGCUGCUCCCCACACCUCCUUCAAACAUGUUGAAAUCAGCCUCCAAAGCAGUUUUCAGCCAGGGAUGAAAUUGGAAGUGGCCAACAAGAGUAAUCCAGACACAUACUGGGUGGCUACAAUCAUCACAACCUGCGGACAACUCUUACUGCUUCGUUACUGUGGCUAUGGGGAUGACCGGAGGGCAGAUUUUUGGUGUGAUGUAAUGACAGCAGACCUCCACCCUGUUGGCUGGUGUACGCAGAACAACAAGGUCCUGAUGCCUCCAGAUGCAAUCAAAGAGAAAUAUGUGGACUGGACAGAGUUUCUUAUCCAUGAUCUGACUGGCGCCCGGACUGCACCUGCAAAUUUACUGGAAGGCCCUCUGCGAGGAAAAAACCCUGUAGACCUCAUUACAGUUGAUUCCUUAAUAGAGCUGCAGGAUUCCCAGAAUCCCUUUCAGUACUGGAUAGUUAGUGUGGUUGAAAAUGUUGGAGGAAGAUUACGCCUUCGCUAUGUGGGAUUGGAGGAGACUGAAUCCUAUGACCAGUGGUUGUUUUACUUGGAUUGCAGACUUCGACCAGUCGGUUGGUGUCAAGAGAAUAAAUACAGAAUGGACCCACCUGCAGAUAUCUAUUCUCUGAAGACGAUAUCUGAGUGGAAAUGCGCCCUGGAAAAAUCCCUUAAUGAUGCAGCAAAUUUUCCUCUUCCAAUGGAAGUAUUCAAGGACCAUGCUGAUUUGAGAAACCACUUUUUCACUGUGGGGAUGAAGCUGGAGGCGGUGAAUAUGAGGGAGCCGUUUCAUAUCUGUCCUGCAUCAGUGACUAAGGUUUUUAACAAUCAUUAUUUGCAAGUGACCAUUGAUGACUUGAGACCUGAACCCAGCAAAAUCUCAAUGCUUUGCCAUGCGGAUUCCUUAGGGAUCUUGCCAAUACAGUGGUGCCUUAAAAAUGGAGUCAAUCUCACACCGCCCAAGGGUUACUCUGGCCAGGACUUUGACUGGGCAGAUUAUCAGAAGCAGUGUGGAGCGGAAGCAGCACCUCACCUGUGCUUUAGAAAUACAUCCUUCAGUCGUGGUUUUACAAAGAACAUGAAGCUGGAGGCAGUGAACCCUAGGAACCCUGCAGAGAUAUGUGUUGCUUCUAUCACUUCAGUUAAAGGACGGUUAAUGUGGCUUCAUCUCGAAGGUUUACAGAUGCCCUCUCCAGAGUACAUAGUUGAUGUGGAGUCUAUGGACAUUUUCCCAGUUGGCUGGUGUGAAGCGAAUGCUUAUAACCUUACUCCACCACACAAAGCUGUUUUGCAAAGGAAGAGAAGAAUUGCUGUUGUGCAACCGGAAAAGAAGUUACCAUCCUCAGUGCCUGUUGAGAAAAUACCUCAUGACCUCUGCCCAGUUCCUCAGCCAGACACAACAGGCACCAUCAAUGGGAGAUACUGCUGCCCCCAGCUCUACAUCAACCACCGCUGCUUCUCAGGUCCAUAUUUAAACAAAGGCAGAAUAGCAGAGCUACCUCAGUCUGUCGGGCCUGGCAAGUGCGUGCUGGUCCUUAAAGAGGUUCUGAGCAUGGUGAUCAAUGCAGCUUACAAGCCAGGGAGUGUGUUACGAGAACUGCAGCUAGUGGAAGAUCCUCAGUGGAAUUUCCAAGAAGAAACGCUCAAAGCAAAAUACAGAGGGAAGACAUACAGGGCGACUGUUAAGAUUGUGCGAACGUCGGAUCAGGUAGCGGAUUUCUGCAGAAGAGUCUGUGCAAAGUUGGAGUGCUGUCCCAAUUUGUUCAGUCCUGUGCUGGUGGCUGAAGUCUGCCCAGAGAACUGCUCCAUUCAUACUAAAACCAAGUACACUUAUUAUUAUGGAAAGAGGAAAAAAAUCAUUAAGCCACCAAUUGGGGAAAAUAAUAACAUGAAAAGUGGACAUGUCAAGCCUGCCAGACGCAGAAAAAGGCGGAAAUCCAUUUUUGUGCAGAAGAAAAGAAGGUCAUCAGCUGUUGAUUUGAAUGCUGCAGGCUCUGCAGAGGAGAGUGAAGAAGACGAGCCGGAUGCAGUUGAGGAUGAGACGGGAAGUGAGGAGACGAGCUCAGAGCUCCGUGAUGAUCAGACGGAUACCUCCUCUGCUGAGGUCCCUUCUGCUAGGCCCCGGAGAGCAGUUACCUUGCGCAGCAGCACUGAGUCGGACAGACCUCCUCCUAUGGAGAGGGCCCGGCGGAGCCGCCGGCCGCAACCCAUGUCUUGCAGUGAGGUGGAGAAGUCACCACAGGUUAAGGAGGAAAUUAAGCACGAAGAAGAAGAGAAGCUCAUCCUGGACAGUAAUCCAUUGGAGUGGACUGUGACUGAUGUUGUGAGGUUUAUUAAACUGACUGACUGUGCACCCCUUGCCAAAAUAUUUCAGGAGCAGGACAUUGAUGGCCAAGCCCUUCUGUUGCUGACGCUACCCACGGUGCAAGAAUGCAUGGAGCUGAAGCUUGGUCCAGCCAUCAAACUGUGCCACCAGAUCGAGCGAGUAAAAGUUGCAUUCUAUGCACAAUAUGCCAACUGACUGCACUUCUCUGUUUCUUUCUGUUCACCUUCUCUUUCCCUCUAUUUUUUAACAUUGCAACUUGUUCAAGUUUUUUUCCUCUUCCUCUUUUCUUAAAAAAAAAAAAAUCAUGUAAUUGGAAGCACUGGGAAUUAAUCUGUAGGGGGAAAAAUAACACAACAAAAAAUCUAGCAACAAAUUGAACUAACAGUUCAGUAGUUGUAAAGCACAGUGAAAGAGCGCUGGUAUUUCUCCUCAUGAGCCUUGCCAGCAUGUUUUGCUGCAGUGCAAGGCCAGCAUGGAUCAGAUGGAUUGUUGUCCUUUAAAGCAAAGCUACCUAUGGCAGAUACGUUUCCACGGUGAAUAGUUGGACAUUUUCAGUAACGAUGGUUUGUCUUCAUCAAUUUCUGGACAUGAACAAUCGUUUUAGUCAACUCUGACACACUUCUUUCAUAUUGAAAUGGAAGUGAGAAUUUGUAGCAUUACCUGGGCUUUACUGCAAAUUUGAUCUUAGUGAUCAUUGGGCUUUCUUUCACCUUCUCUCCAGUCGUACAAAAGGAAGAAGUGUUAUACCAGUCAUAUGCUAUUUGUUAUUGAGUGAGUUAUAAAGCAGGACUCAACCCACCAUCUUUGAAUGGUAUCACACAAAGCUGCAGUCAAUUGACAGACCUUAGGCAUAAUAAUGCUUUCUGAGCCAUGGUGGCUGUAUACAGUGAGCUGAACGUCUCACUGAUAGGAUCUGUGCAGUACUGCAUUCAUGUGAAGGACUAUAUAUGAAAUCCUCCAAAGUCAAGCCUAUCCAGUUAUAUUUAGGUCACUAAAUAUAGGCCAGACUUUACAACUCAAGGGGUGAAAAAAUAGGGGGAGGGGAGUCCAGAUUUAAUGGCAAGAUUGUUCAGCACACGCUGAUUUAACUUGCACUUUUGUCAGUCUGGCUACUAGGUGGGAAUAAAAAUCAUCAAUGUUUUCAGGCUAUGUACACCAUGGUGCUUUAGCCCAACUGACUCGUCCAAGCCAGUGCACCUUCUGUCACCAAGCUGUAUAAAGCUCCAACUAUGUUCCAGUGACAGACUGGCCAGUGAACCUGGGGGCUUACUUCAUGCCAAGUAGGGUGAGCACCACAGGGGGUGAAGAAGCAGGACAGACAUCUUGGUUUUGCCUCAAUUGUGCAUACAGGAUGAGUAUUUUCCAUUUACUUUACAGGGAUAUAUGGCCCUGUGAGUGCCACAUGUUGACCUCAACAGUAGUUGGUGGCAUCACAUUGGUGUAAAAUUCUCCUGAAAGCAAGAACCAAACUGGUUCUUCAGACAAAGUCUGAAUUUUGCUCUGACUUAGGUGCAGGUGAAUUCUUCCCUCAAAAAGUGAAUGGGAUAGUUUGUGCUGAUUUCAUCAGAAACCACUGACUUCAGUAGACUUUUGUCUACAAACUGGAAACAAAUCCCAGUUCCCUGUUCUCAGGGAACACAGCCUAGAAAUAUAGUACAAUCACAUCACAGUGUUGUGAUGCCAAAGCCUACUCAGCUAAGAUUUCUUCAAAAAUAAAUGUCAUUUCUAAAUGAAUCUGAAGACAUUUCUUAGGGCCAGAUAACCCCAUCUCAAACAGUUAUGGUGACAGCAGACUUGGAUCACAUGGUCCUGCAGGCCUCAGUGUGCUCAAGAGAACCUGUUGACCAACAUCAGGCGAUAGCUGCUGCUUUCUCCUUCAUCAGUUUCCUCCUUAAAAUCUUUGGUUUAAAGGUGGAAAGCCUCAGAAAUACAGAUUCUGAACUAUGUCCAGAUUUGCUCCAGGGCAUGGAUUAGGUAAAAAGUAUGGCUAUGCAUUGUGAAGACAUUCUAGUCCAUCUUUAAGGGGAUUCCUGAUUUGCCACUGAGGAGUGUGAUGCGUGCAGGCUGGGCCAAUUCCUGCCAGCUCCUGAGACUUCACAGAAAAUAUUCUUCUACUGAAGAUCUUGUUCAAGUUUAAUCAAAUGAAGGAGCACGUAGUCAUCUCUGUGCCAAAAUGCUUCCUUUUGUUUCUAAGAAAUCUAGGAAUAGGGUUCCGUAGUAUUGUAGACAUUGGACUUCAGACCGGAUUUCCUUCUGACAGUAGCAGAAGGAAAUGCAACUAGUCCAUGCAACUAGUUUGACGACUACUUUGGAUUCCUCUAAAUAUGCCCUAAAAACAUUGCUCUGCUUUUCAUCUGUGAAGACAAAAGGAUUCCACCCAGCAAGAAGAGAAUAGAAUCAUAGAAUCGUUAAGGUUGGAAAAGACCUCCAAGGUCAUCUAGUCCUACCAUCCAGCUACCCCAAUAUUCCCCACUUAAACCAUUUCCCUAGGUACUGCAUCUAUACAUACCUUGAACACCUCCAUGGACGAUGACUCCACCACCUGCCUAGGCAAACUGUUCCAGAGCCCAACCAGUCAUUUGAAGAAGAAAUUCUUCCUAAUAUCCAACCUGAAUGCUUCUCCCAGCUCCACACUGCUUCAGCCCAGUCACACAUCUGCCAGCAGAGGAUAGCCCCCAAAAGUUCACUGUCAGAAGAAGCAGCAUAUAAGGAUGUUUCAAAGAAAGAGAGUGACUGUUCACAAAACAACAUCCUAGCACCAGUCCUUUACUUACUGUGUCCACCUUCUGAGCAUCCUUUGUUGCUGUAAUGUUCCUUGGACUUUGUGGUUGUGGGGACUUGUUGAAGACAUUUAAUUCUUGUGGGGAUACAUUGAAAAACAAAAUCAGGCUUUUUCCAUCAAUUUAGUAACUGUACAUUUUCCAAUGGCAGCUAACUAUUAUGGAGGCUGGGCCAAGGAGCAGCCUGUCCUAGUGUUGGCCAGGCUGGGGAUGGAUACAGCAUUGAGCCUAGCACGUGGGAGUCUUUACUGAUUUUUCAGGGAAGUUAAAUUGUAUUUUAAAAUCACCUGUUAAGCAAAGACAACAAGAAAAAAGUUUAAUUUUAGCCCACACCAGCUCUUUUAUUUCCUCAGGAUUUUUGCUUCUCACCAUUUGUCUUUCAGUCUAAUAUUCUUCAGUGUCCUCUCAUUUAUCUCUGCCUAUCCUUUUGGAGAAGAUGAUAGCUUGAAAUCUCGAUCCUAAAAUUACCUUGCAUUGAGUGGGUGGUAGAUGCUUUAUUGUGUUGUUUGUUUUUUUUUUUAAGUAUGCAGAAUGGAAAGAAAAAGAGAAUUGGGCUUCUGUUGUCUGUUGAAUUGAUUGCUUCUCAGAGAAGUUGGAGCCCGCUUAGUUUCUUAAACAAGUAGGAAGUGGGCUUCUCACGCUUUAAUUGAACAUUAUACUCAGAUUGUCACUUGAAGCUUGGGCAGCGAUCAGAGAGAACUGCAUACUCUUUCCUGCACUUCAUUCCAAUUCCUGAAAAUUAGCCAGGGUUUGCAGUAAUUUAUUUCAAAAAAGCAAUCUUCCUAAGGUAAAAUGACACCUUUGCUAUGUAGAAGCACUUUUGCAAGACAGUCAUCAGGAAGACCUGGGGAAUCCACACUCUUUGACUGACUGACCAUCUCUGGAUCAAGCCUUUCUGUAUCCAGUCAGGUGAUUUAAAUCUCCCAUAGCUAAUUCUAGAAGCUCUUCAAUAUUCAAUUAAACCAUCUGGUACUAAGCACUGCAAUGUUAUCAUUUAUAUGAAGGCGGUAGAUCAUUGAAGACCUGUGAAAUAGAGAUUGCUGUAUUUAUGUCUCUUCCCUCUUUUAUUUCAUUUUGUUCAGACCAAUUUCCAUGUGAUCCUGUUUGAUUUCCAAGUUUUUGUUUGUUUGUUUGUUUUUGUGUUUUUUUCUUGAACACUGGAGGUGUUUUUGGUCCUUCAUAGAUUCUGGGUCUAGUUCAGAGCUGGUGCAACUUAAUAGAUAUACUGGUGACACUGAUGGAGGCACAUCUUCUCAUUCUGAAUUUGAUACACAGGGCUGAAGUAUAUCACGUUACCAGUUAAAGUGAUGAAUUCAUGGUUAACCAAGGCCAUUACCAAGGGCUGAGGAGCAACCCAACAGUUGCUUUGGGCUGUUGGAUGCUGAAUUUCAGCACAUUCACACUUACCACCUUUCUUCUACAAAAAAAGGUGAUCAGGCAGCUGUUGCUGAUCUCUAUUCAGGCAUAGGACUAAGAAUGGACGUUUCCGAAGCUUUGUGCUCUGGAACACAAUGAGUAGGAGGGUGUAGUACCUGCCCAUCUCCAUUGGGCUUCUUUUGAGCAGGAUCAGGUUUAUAAGGGUACCUGCUCCCUUUCCAUCAGCAUUUACCUUGGACAGAAUCCAACUAGUCUGUAAUCUUAUGCUGGUCUCUGAGGUUGGAUUAAAGCAGUAACUUACAGGAAUGUCUUACAGCUCCCAGCUGGUAGACCUGCUUGCUUCCUGCUGUCAUGGAUGCUCCUCUCCCACCUCAAAGGAAGAUGAUCUCUGAUUUCAGAGCUCUUCUUCCCUUUCCAGAUUGAAAAAACAGCUCUAUCCACACCCCCUGUUCUUUCCUCAGUGCUAGGAUGACUGCAGCUCUGAGAAGGGUUUCAAGGUCUCCAGCUCCACCGUGUUAGCCAUAUGCAAUAGAUCUCAAGAGUUUGGUUUUGCAGGGUGCAGAAAACACAUAAAUGCAGUGUUGACUUCUAAAAUCAGGACAAGUGCUUACACACCCUGUCCUUGAUGAAGCAUCUAGCAGAUUCAUGUCCUAGUGGAAAUAGCCUGAUCCACAUUUACAGAGGUAUUCAAAUGUCUGAUAGGAUGUACAGAGUUCUCAGUAGAAGAUUCAUAAUGUCCAUUAAGAUUUCACCUUGGCUAAACAGCUUAUCUGCCUUAAAGUGGAAUGUUGCCAUUCCUUGGCUUUAACUUGCAAGCUUUUGCAGUCCAUAGAUGUGGACUGAAGCAAACACCAUCUCAGCUCUCCAAAGGCCAGCCAGACACCAUUGAGUUGCCACAAUCAAUCGCUGAUUGCCUGUGCCCUGAUCAUGUUGGGGCACAAAAUUGAUUUUGAUGAAGCUGCAGUGUAACUGCAGUGCUUUUUAGAAGCUCAGCACUGUCAAGGUAUUUCAGAUGAUUUUUGGUUUUCUGCUGCACAGUGUCUGGAAGAAUAAUGCAGCUCAUACUGUUCCUCCUAUUUCAAAAUUCAAGUGCCAAAAGAGAAGAACGUGCUGCAACUGAACACCAUUAAAACCAGCUUUAUUACUCGUGGAUAAUUAUAGUCUCAAGGGCUCCAUUUUGGUGCUAGAAUAUGCCAUGCUGUAUUUUUCCAUUGCUUGGAAUUACUAGGUUGAUUCCUCUCUUCAGGAAAUAUUUUCUGUAUCAAAAACAUCUUAAAUAUUAAGAUUGUAUGAUUGUGUUUUUUUCUUGUUCUUUAAUUCAGAUACACUCAACAAAUGAAUUCCCUUCCCCUCAGUCAUGUGAGUUUUUGAGAAAUUUUGUACAGUAUAUAUGUAUAUGUAUAUUUAAAAACUCUUUACAAAUUUCAGUGCAUGCCUAUUUUUUCCCUUGAUAAUAUUUUCUCAUACCAGCUGGCCUAUGAUUAAGGGAAUUUGUUACUCAGGAUUUAAUCCAGAAAUGACCGAGGUUAGUAGAAUGUCCUCACAUGUGUAGGCUUUGGGACAGGGUCUUCAUCGAAUUCUUUCACUUAGAAGUCAAAAAGCGUGCAGUUAAUUAAUAAAAAAUUUAAAAUCCACUCUCCUCCAGCAGGCAGAUAUCCUGCUGAAAUCUGCCAGACUUAAUGAGAAGAGGGUUCAUGUCUUUAGGUACUCAUGAACUCCAAAUGAAAGGAGCAGAAACAUUUAAUGUUCUCAUUUAUUAUUUGGUACGAUAUUCCAGCAGCAAAUGCAAAUGAUCUUAAUGUCUGCAUUUAGGAUAUGAGUCAGUCAUCAAAGAAUGAGAGUUUUACAGACCAGUAGUCCUUUAAAUGUCAUCUGUCCUGGAGGAGAAUAAUAAUUUUACAAUGAUUUGGUGCCAUGCACUGGAAUUCUCUUGCAGAAGACAGAUGAACUGCACAAAAACAUAUUGGGUCAUCGUUUUAAGUAUGCCCUUUUAAUUGCUUUAGUCUUUCAUGGGAAAAAGGUUUUCAUGUUGCUGGUUUAAAACUCCCACUUCUGUAAUGGCUCAUGGCCCAGCAUAUUAGCAGAAUACAUUUGCAUCUGUUGUCACACUAUGUGUGAGUGUGGAGGUGUUUGUGGACAAGCAGAUACUUCAAACAGGACAAGGAGAUCUCACUUCAGUACCUUGUUUUAACAGUGUCCUCUGUGAAACAUGGAGGGCACAUGCUCCCCAGAACACAUCAUGGAGGGACAUGUUCCAGCAAUGCUGUUGUUGCGUGGCCAUGUUGCCCAAGUAGCCUAAUGCAGCAAGAUAAUUGCAGCCUACCCACAGAUAUUCCUGACCUUGAUAUCUACCUAAGGUAGAUGUAGGAGUAGGCAGGGAGGGUUUUCAGGGAAGAAGAGGGGGUUGGAGUUCUGAGUUUGAGGGUCUUCUCAUGUGAGGAAAGGGCAGCUGUGGUCUAUCAGCGUAAAUUCCUCAUGACAUCUCUAUCUUGCUCAUAGUAAAUAAAGAUGCUCUGAGCCCUUGCAGGGGCCAGGUGUGAGGGAAGAAGAAAGCAGGCAGUAUAUUCACAGCUAGAAAGCUGGAAGUUUUCUUUCUUGUUUUGUUGAUGGAGAUGUAGGGAUUUGGCUCUGAUGGGUGGAUAGGAGGGCAGUAGGGAAGAUGAGUCUUUUUUCCUUGUACUGAGCUCCUGUACAUCUCCUGGUUUCUGUAGGCAACUUUCAGACUUCCAAGGGAAAUGUCAGGCACUGAAACUUGAGCUCUCUCCCAUAGAAAUAGGUGAUACUGCCUUAAGUUCAGGUUGUGGAUCUACAAAACACUGUUGUGUGUUAUGAUGUGAGAAGACAAAAUCAGCCUUCCCAAGUCACCAAUCUGCUUGUUGCUGCUCCAGUCUCACUGAAGUUUAUGACCAUUAUAUCUGCUUAUAAAUGUAUACAGGGAUAUAAUGUACAGGCAGGGAUUCACUGUGAUACAGUCCAAACGUGGUGAAAGAUCUCAACUGCAGGCUUUGAAAGGUUGAGUUGAAUCUUCUCUUGUGCCAGGGUGAGGCAAGGCAAACACUCAGACCCAUCUGACACUUAGGGAACAGCAGAAAUGAGCUCAACAACCAGCAGUCACAGUCCAUUCGUGGUGAUGCACGUUGGAAAUCUUUGAAUUGUUUUGCAUUCCAGUUUGUAUGGAAGAUUUGAUUCAAACAGUGUAUAUAUAAUCCCUUUGGUGUGUUACAAAUAUAUAUGUGUGUGUGUAUAUAUAUGUAUAUAUAUGUGUGUGUGUGUGUAUAUAUGUAUGUGUAUAUAUAUAUAUAUACAUAUAAACCAAUCAAUGCUGGUGUUUUUACUUUUUAAAGUUCAUGGGGCAAAGGGCAUGUUGUUAGUUUGCUGUAAGAUUCUAUUCUGUAUAUAUGUUUUCAUGUAAAUAAGUGAAAAUCUAUAUUCAGAGUUAUAUUUUAAUUUUUAUUCAAAAUGAAAUAAAUCCCCUUUUUACUUGAGCAAUUGUAAGCUACGUUGUUAAUAAAGUAACAAUAAAUCACA